ACGCUAAACGCGGAACGAGCUGGUCGUAAAGUUCGCGUUUCGCACAACAAUCGAUAAUCGCGCCGAGUGUCGAGUGUCUAUGUGUGAUGUAUAUAAGUCAUAAAACGAUGACGACCAAGGCAGAUGAGGGCAGCCCGGCGGCAACGACGCCUACAACCACAGGCCAGCGACCCACAACGCUGGCCAUCAAUGUGCCAACGCCUGUGGUGCCGCCCGCCGAGGGCCAGACCCCAUCGCCCAAUCACAAGAGCACAAUUGUCAUCGAGAGCCAGCCCAAGCGCCGCGUCAGCAUUGUCUCCGAAUCUCCAACGCUGGCAGCCAAUAACUCUGGCUUUGAUAAUCCCGCCUUCGAGCCAGCCCAUAUGCGAAAAAUAUCGCAGGCCUCAACACAAUCAUACCUCGACAACGGACCGCCAGGGCGCAGGAGAAGCAUCCUUAAGGACUCCCCGCUUCCUCACGACAAUGACAGCGUUGAUCGUGUAUCGACGCACAGUUAUGAAAACUACAGACAGAGUGCGCUGGACGUGCUUAAUGCCAAAUACAAUAAUCUGCAGGCAGUAAACGACUCACGGAAUGGCAGUGGCCAUUACGUGGAGCAAUCAUGGAUCUAUAAUUUCUGCUUAAAGUGCCGCAAAGAGGAACCAUCCGAAUCUUGGGAGCCACCUUUCUGGCAAAAGGUAUUUCCCUAUCCGCUCUGCCCCACCUUCAGGACAUUCUCCCGCCUGGUUUCGCUCAUUGCAAUUGGUGCGUUACUCUGGAUCGUCUCAUUUGUGAUCAUUGGACACUCGGCUGCCCCUGGCGGGCAGCUUUUCGAUCUGGUGGUGCUGACCGUGGCUGCCAACUUUGGUGGCUAUCUCAUAUCGCUGGCCACGCUGCCGCGCCUCAUUGGUAUGCUGCUGGUGGGCCUGCUCUUUCAGAACGUCGGCUGGGUGGAUCUCGAUGGCGACUUCUCCAAGGUGACGGCGCAUCUGCGCAAGUUUGCGCUCACCAUAAUUUUGACUCGAGCUGGCCUCGAAAUGGAGCCGGAAGCCUUCAAGAAGGUCUACAAAACGAUUCUCAAGCUGGGCAUUGUGCCUUGGUUCGUGGAGUUUGGCGUCCUGGCGACCAUGUCGCACUAUUUACUCGGCCUGCCUUGGAUCUGGGGCUGUAUGCUGGGCGCCAUUAUGGCGGCCAUUGCUCCAGCUGUGGUCGUGCCCUGCCUGUUUAGGCUGCGCACCAAGGGCUAUGGCGUGGCCAAGGGCAUACCCACCUUGGUGGUGGCCGUGUCUGGGGUGGACGAUGCCAUUUCGGUGGCUAUUUUUGGCAUCAUCAGCACAAUCAUGUUCUCGGAUCGUGGACAACUCUACCUGAUUGCCCAGGUGCCUGUUUGUCUGAUUGGCGGCCUGGGCUUUGGCCUCAUCUGGGGGCUGCUGGCGCGCAUCUUUCCGGAGAAGGGCGACGCCUAUGUUGUGCCUCUUCGCACGCUGUUACUCUUCAUUGGCAACCUGGUGGCCAUCUAUGGCAGCGAGAAGCUGGGCUUCGAGGGUGCUGGUCCGCUGGGCGUAGUCUUCUCAUCUUUCAUAUCGAACUACUACUGGUGCAAGGAUGGCUGGACCAUCGACGACAAUCCCGUGGGCACUGGCUUCGAGAUCUUCUGGAUGAUCUUCGAGCCCAUUCUGUUUGGCGUGACGGGCGCCACGAUUAAGCUGCGUGAGCUGGACCCGAAUCUGCUCUACAUCGGUGCCCUGUGCAUAUUCUCCGGCGUCAUCAUACGCAUCCUUGUCACGGCCGGCAUUGCCAUCGGCGAUCGCCUCAACACCAGGGAGAAGUUCUUUGUGGGCCUUUCCUGGAUGGCCAAGGCGACGGUGCAGGCCGCCCUGGGACCGGUUGCUCUGAGGCACCUUAACGAUAAGUCCACAGACGACGAGCGCAGCUGGGCCAAAAUCGUGCAAACCAUUUGCAUUUUCAGCAUUUUGCUGACGGCGCCGCUGGGCGCGAUCCUCAUCUCUGUAACUGGACCCAGAAUGUUAACCAAGACGAAACAGAUGCAGCAAAAUCUGACGGGCUGGCGUCGUCCCUCCAUACGCGACAUCAGUAUUAUCGAUGAGGAGGAGGAGCGUGAGGAUCCAGAGAUACCAGAGGACAAACAAACCCAAGAUAAUACCCAAAACAACUCACAGCAUCCCAACUUUUCAUAUAUUUGCAACAAUUAAUUUGGGAUAAUGUUGUUAUUGUUAAAUUGUAGUCACAAUUCUCGCUUUCACUUUGUACAAUA